AUGGCCGUGACGGACCGGGACAAGCUCUGGGAGGUGCCGGCUGUGGAGGCGGCGGCGGCGACGGCCGCGCCAGCGACGCCGGCCGAGCUCGCGCCGCUGCCUGCGGAGGCUGCCUCGCCGCCGGCAGGCGGUGCGGCGGCGCCCUCUGCGGGCAGUGCGUCCUGGCUCACGUUCCUCGGGACGGCCACCGCGUGGGUUGGGGGGGCCGUGCUCGAGGCAGCGGCGGAGGGCCUCCGCCGAGCAAAGCGGCGGCGAUGCGAGGGGGAGCAGAGGGAGGGAGGGGGGGGGGGGGAGGACGAGGCGCCGCCUUUCGGCUCGAGCGGGCGGGCGCGCCUCGGCGGCCCCUCCGCCGACGAGGCGGGCGGCGGUGGCGCGCCGCCGGCCGCGCCGGCCGCGCAGGCCGCCGUGCGCACCAUCACCGCUGCAGGCGCCGAGGCAGUUCGGCAGGCAGACAGGGAGGGGCUCUCCCUUGCCACGGGCGGGAGCAACAGCGGCUACAAAGGCGUGACCUACUGCCCGAAGAGGAAAGGCAGCAAGAAGUACCAGCUGAUGGCGACGGUUGGAGGCAAGAGUGUCUUCCUCGGCUGGUUCGCCACCGCCGAGCAGGCUGCGCUCUUCUACGCCCGCAGGGAGGCGGGCAGGGACACCAGCGAUCUCACCGCGCCGCCGCCACCGCCGCCGCCGCCCGCACCUUCCUCUGCCGCUGGCGCCGACGCAGUUCGGCAGGCGGGGAGGGAGGGUCUGAGUCUGGCAACGAGCAGCAGCAGCAACAGCGGCUACAAAGGCGUGUACUACUGCCCGAAGAGGAAAGGCAGCAAGAGGUACGAGCUGAAGGAGUCGGUUGGCGGCAAGGUGGCCAGCCUCGGCUUUUUCGCCACUGCCGAGCAGGCGGCGCUCUUCCGCGCCCGCAGGGAGGCGGGCAGGGAUACCUCCUAG